ACUGCGGGCUCAGUCUCCCCUUCCCGGGAACCCCCACACUGGCCGGGAGAAAGCGCGCGUGCCCGCCUCCAGCGGAUGGUGGGUGGGUGGCGACUGCGUGACCUGGAGGAGCGGGGACACUAGAGGGCCUUGGUGCAGAGGCUUUGAGAACCUGCCUAGGUAGGCGCUCCGGGGAUGGAGGGUGGUCCCGGGUCCGAGAUCGGGGAGAGAAGGUAACUCUGGAUGGAUUGAGACUGCGGCCCCACGGGGGGGGUGGACUCAGUUUGUUCUGGAGCCCGGGAAACUAAAAGGCACUAAAGAGGGUGCCCGCAGCGCGAGUCUCCCCGACCCUUCCCCAUCGCGGACCUGCGGGCCUCUGGACCGCCCCGGCUUCCUUCCGGGAGAGGCGGUGGGUCGUGGGAAAGGAGGCUGUGUUCCUCCCCCGGGGGACUGGGGCCUGCAAAUGUGUGGUUAGAGCGCCCGCGGAGCUACGGUCGCGCUCCUGGGCCGCGAGGUGGCUGGUCUGCUCGGCCUGCUGCUGGGCAGCGAUCGGGCGCUGACAGCCCGGUUUGGACUCCUCGAACCGCCUUUGAGUCUUUGGGAAGCAAACAGUGGGCUGAUCACCACUCGCCGCAGACUUGCCCCUGGAGGCUGGAACUGGGCAGCUGCCCAGCUUCCUAAGUUCAACAGAUGAAAAUACUUUCAUCCUACUGGAGUUUUCAACACAGAAAAAGAGACUGGCACUAUUCUCCCAGAGAAUAGAUACCCGCACCACAGCUAUCUUGCCUUUGUGAAAGAGAGGGUAGCUACAUGAAAUAGGUUGAAAUAAGCACCAACCAUCACUAUGACUUUAUGAUUUAAUUUCUAAUGCCUACUGUUGCAUUUGUCUUCUAGAGUUCACAUUUACCCAUAAAAAAAAAAAAUUAAAAAAAGUGAAAAUGAGCAACCGACGGAAACGUGCUCCUCCAGUGAAAGUAGAUGAAGAAAAGCAACAGCAGCUUUGUUGGAAUAUGCAUGAGGACAGAAGGAAUGAACCUGUCACCUUAACUGAUGAUGAGCAUCCCUACCCAGCUUCAGAGUCCUCCUCUGCUCAGUGCAUCAUCCUAGAUGAUAGCCUAAAGGAAGAAGUGCCUCACAGAGAUAAAAAGAGAUGUUCAGAGUCAGUAUGCAUUUCAGAAUCAAUCGAUAAAGAAGAGACUGGUGACAGUUUUUCCCCUUUGUCAGUAAAGCUGAAUAUUGUGAUUUCUCCCUGUCACUUUGAUAAUUCUUGGAAAGCACUUCUAGGAGAAUUCACUCUUCAGCUUCUUCCAGAACAGAGUUUAAUUGGAAAUUUUUCUGAAAGGAGUUUUACACUGAUGAGUUCAGAGUCAAGCAAUCAGUUCCUGAUCUAUGUUCAUUCAGAAUGCAUAGAUGUGGAGAGACAAGAAAAAGGACUCAACAAGCCAAGCAUUGUUUCUGACAAGGGUACCCGAGUGGAAUCAUCCUUCAGUGGUGAAAUGUUAGAGGAUUUGGAGUGGCUACAAAAGAAGAGAAGAAUAAAACUUUACCACAAACCAGAUGGGAACCACAUUAUUAAGGUUGGAAUUUAUCUUUUGGAAGACGGCUUAGCAAAACUAGACUUUUUGAGUGAUGCAAAUUCAAGAAUGAAAAAGUUCAAUCAACUUAUGAAGAAAGUGAUGGAAAAAUUAUACAAUUUUAUUAUUCCAGAUGUGUUGGAAGAUGAUGAGGAAGAUUCAGAGAAUGAGUCAGAGGGACAGGACAUUGAUGAGCUCUAUAACUUUGUGAAGCAAACACAUCAGCAAGAAACACAGUCCAUUCAAGUGGAUGUCCAGCAUCCUGCAUUGAUUCCUGUUUUGAGACCUUACCAAAGAGAGGCUGUCAAUUGGAUGCUACAACAAGAGCAUUUCAGAAGUGCUCCCAUUAGUGAAAAUGCUCUACACUUCUUAUGGCGAGAGAUUGUUACAUCUGAGGGUUUGAAACUCUACUACAACCCAUAUACAGGCUGCAUCAUCCGUGAGUACCCAAGUGCUGGGCCACAGUUGUUUGGUGGAAUCUUAGCAGAUGAGAUGGGUCUCGGUAAGACAGUGGAGGUUUUGGCUCUGAUUCUGACACACAUUCGACAGGAUGUCAAACAAGAUGCUCUGACUCUUCCUGAGGGAAAAGUGGUCAAUUAUUUCAUUCCAUCACAUUCUGGAGUACAAGUAAAAAACACAGAAAAUGGAAAAACUCAGAUUAUGGAAAUUGAACCCAAAGAAAAAGUUCAUUGCCCCCCUACACGUGUGAUGAUCCUGACAGCUGUGAAAGAAAUGAAUGGAAAAAAGGGAGUUUCCAUCCUUUCCAUCUAUAAGUAUGUCAGUUCUAUAUAUAGAUAUGAUGUUCAUCGUAACAAGAGUCUCCUGAAACGGAUGCUGAAAUGUUUAAUUUUCGAAGGUCUUGUGAAACAGAUCAAAGGCCACGGUUUUUCUGGGACUUUUACACUGGGAAAGAAUUACAAGGAAGAGGAUAUAUAUGAUAAAAACAAAAAGCAGGCAGUAUGGAGUCCGAGGAAAAUUCAGAAAGAAUCCAGAAAGUCAUUGAGCAAGGACACAGAUUCUGAGUACUUGCCAUCAAACACCUCUGAUGAUGAUGAUAAUCCUUACUAUUAUUACUAUAAGCCCAGGAGAAAUCGUAGUAAAAUGAGGAAAAAGUCUGUUCCAGCCACAAAAAAGGAACAAAGUCAACCUGACAUCUAUCUCAGUUCACAAAAUCAUGAUCCAGCGACCAGUGACUCUGGAAUCACUGAUGUUACCACAUCCACAAGUUCCUGUGUCUUUGAAGUCCAGCAAGAACAUGCAGCAGAGACCCAAGAUGAAUCUCUAAACCCUGCUGGUGGUGAUGUGCCACACUCUAAUAUUAUGAGUCCCUAUAAUUCGUCUGAUUAUCGCUUUGAGUGCAUAUGUGGUGAACUUGACCAUAUUGACCGUAAGCCUCGUGUUCAGUGCCUGAAAUGCCAUCUGUGGCAACAUGCAAAAUGUGUGAAUUAUGAAGAGAAGAAUCUGAAGAUUAAGCCUUUCUAUUGCCCCCACUGCCUUGUUGCAAUGGAGCCAGUAUCAACUAGAGCAACUCUUAUCAUCUCACCCAGUUCCAUAUGUCAUCAGUGGGUGGAUGAAAUCAAUAGGCAUGUGAGGUCAUCAUCUCUGCGAGUCUUGGUAUAUCAAGGAGUGAAGAAAGAUGGCUUCUUACAGCCUCAUUUUUUGGCAGAACAGGAUAUAGUUAUCAUUACCUAUGAUGUCCUUCGUUCAGAGCUAAAUUAUGUAGAUAUCCCACACAGCAAUAGUGAGGAUGGGCGUCGCUUACGGAACCAGAAGCGCUAUAUGGCCAUUCCAAGCCCCCUGGUCGCUGUGGAAUGGUGGAGGAUCUGCCUUGAUGAAGCUCAGAUGGUUGAAUGUCCCGCUGUAAAAGCUGCAGAAAUGGCUCAGCGCUUGAGUGGGAUUAAUCGCUGGUGCAUCAGUGGCACUCCAGUACAGAGAGGACUGGAGGAUCUUUUUGGGCUAGUGGUCUUUCUUGGUGUUGAACCUUUCUGUGUCAAGCAUUGGUGGGUUCGACUUCUCUACCGCCCUUACUGCAGGAAGAAUCCUCAGCCCCUCUACAGCUUUAUUGCCAAGAUUCUGUGGAGGUCUGCAAAGAAAGAUGUGAUUGACCAAAUUCAGAUACCUCCUCAGACAGAAGAAACCCACUGGCUCCACUUCUCUCCAGUAGAAAGACAUUUCUAUCACCGUCAGCAUGAGGUGUGCUGCCAGGAUGCUGUAGUCAAACUCAGGAAGAUUUCUGACUGGGCUCUGAAGCUCAGCAGUCUGGACCGAAGGACUGUUACCUCCAUCUUGUACCCACUGCUGAGGCUCCGGCAGGCCUGCUGCCACCCACAGGCCGUUCGUGGAGAGUUCCUGCCACUCCAAAAGAGCACCAUGACCAUGGAAGAGCUUCUGACAUCACUGCAGAAGAAAUGUGGCACUGAGUGUGAAGAAGCACACCGGCAGUUAGUUUGUGCUCUCAAUGGCUUAGCAGGCAUCCACAUCAUUAAAGGUGAGUAUGAAUUGGCAGCAGAACUGUACAGAGAGGUGUUGCGUUCAUCUGAGGAACACAAAGGAAAACUCAAAACUGAUUCACUUCAAAGACUUCAUGCAACUCAUAAUUUGAUGGAAUUGUUGGCAGACAAGCACCCAGGGAUACCUCCUACCUUGCGAGAUGGCAGACUUGAGGAAGAGGCCAGACAGCUGAGGGAGCAUUAUAUGACCAAGUGUAACACUGAAGUUGCUGAAGCACAGCAAGCUUUGCUACCUGUGCAGCAGACCAUACGUGAGCUCCAAAGAAAGAUUCAUUCUAAUUCUCCAUGGUGGCUGAAUGUGAUCAAUAGAGCAGUGGAAUUCUCUAUUGAUGAGGAGCUUGUCCAACGCGUGCGAAAUGAAAUAACCAGCAACUACAAGCAACAAACUAGCAAGCUUUCUAUGUCAGAAAAGUUCCGUGAUUGCAGAGGUCUUCAAUUCUUACUAACAACACAAAUGGAAGAACUAAAUAAAUUCCAGAAGCUAGUAAGAGAGGCUGUUAAAAACUUGGAGGGACCUCCAUCUCGAAAUGUCAUUGAGUCUGCAACAAUCUGCCACCUCCGACCAAUUAGACUUCCUCUCAACUGCUGUGUCUUUUGUAAGGCUGAUGAAUUGUUCACGGAGUAUGAAUCAAAGCUAUUUUCUCACACAGUCAAAGGCCAGACUGCAAUAUUUGAGGAGAUGAUAGAAGAUGAAGAAGGACUGGUGGAUGAUCGAGCACCUACCACCAACCGAGGUCUUUGGGCAAUAAGUGAGACAGAGCGAUCUAUGAAAGCUCUACUAUCAUUUGCAAAAUCACAUAGAUUUGUUGAAUUCAUUGAUGAAGGAAGUACUUCAAUGGAUCUCUUUGAAGCUUGGAAAAAGGAAUAUAAGUUGCUUCAUGAGUACUGGAUGGCUCUGAGAAAUCGUGUAUCUGCUGUUGAUGAACUGGCAAUGGCUACAGAACGUCUAAGAAUUCGUCAUCCUAGGGAGCCAAAGCCCAAUCCACCUGUUCUUCACAUCAUUGAACCACAUGAGGUGGAGCAAAAUCGGAUAAAACUGCUAAAUGAUAAAGCUGUUGCUGCAUCACAGCUUCAGAAAAAACUUGGGCAGCUUCUUUACCUAACUAACUUGGAGAAGUCUCAAGACAAAACGUCAGGAGGUAUUAAUCCAGAACCUUGUCCAAUCUGUGCUCGGCAGCUGGGAAAACAGUGGGCAGUCCUGACCUGCGGGCACUGUUUCUGUAAUGAAUGCGUUUCCAUUAUUAUUGAACAGUACAGCGUGGGCUCCCACAGAAGCUCCAUUAAGUGUGCCAUCUGCCGCCAGAACACAUCUCACAAAGAAAUCUCGUAUGUCUUCACCUCGGAGAAAGCCAGCCAGGAAGAGGACAUUCCUGUGAAGGGUAGUCAUUCUACAAAAGUGGAAGCUGUGGUCAGAACUCUGAUGAGAAUCCAGCUUAGAGAUCCAGAAGCUAAAGCACUCGUUUUCUCAACGUGGCAAGAUGUAUUAGAUAUUAUUUCAAAAGCUCUCACUGACAACAACAUGGAAUUUGCACAGAUCAGUCGUGUGAAGACAUUUCAGGAGAACCUUUCAGCAUUUAAACAUGAUCCCCAAAUCAAUAUUUUGCUGCUGCCCCUGCACACAGGUUCUAAUGGAUUAACUAUCAUUGAAGCUACUCACGUUCUCUUGGUGGAGCCCAUAUUGAACCCUGCCCAUGAGCUUCAGGCCAUAGGAAGGGUGCACCGAAUUGGACAAACAAAACCUACGAUUGUACACAGAUUCUUGAUUAAAGCAACAAUAGAAGAAAGAAUGCAAGCAAUGCUGAAAACUGCUGAGAGGAGUCACACCAGCUCAUCGGGGAAGCAUCCAGAGGCCUCUGUCUUGACUGUGGCUGAUCUGGCAGACCUCUUUACCAAAGACACUGAAGAACUUGAAUGAAGUGCACCUGAUUCAGUCUGCAAACGUCAAUGUAUUUAAAAACUGCCGUAGCUUGUAGAGCAAAGUUACAAGUAAACUAUCCACUAGAUGUCAGUAUCCACUGUUCUUAGGCAAAUGAAUUUCCUUCUUUUCCAGUUGUACAGUGUCCCAUAGUCAUGGAGCCCUUUUCAAUAUGCUGUUUCCAGAAGAUCUGUAAAGGUUUUAAUUUUUCACUCCUAAUAAAACAUUUAUUUUUGUUCUGAAGAAUAUCUAUAUCUGAGUGAAUGAAGGCAGGUACUAUGUACAUUUCUUUUGAUAAGGUCAGUCUUAAAAAGAGUUGGAACACGAGAAAAGUAAACUAGCCUAGUUUUGUAGGACCUGGUUGUACAACCAACACAAAUCUCACUUUUGAAUGGGCCUUCAUUAUCUUUAGCACAUAACUCAGCAAUAUCUUGUAAGUACUAUUUUUAGUAGAUAAUGAAUUAUAUUAACUCCUAGAUAUUUAAGUAGGUUUCGACUGUAACUCCAUACAUAGUAACUAUAGUACUACAACUCCUAACAAUAACUUAAUAUUAGGCAAUUAUUUCUUUUCUCUGUAUCUUGCCACGAAAAUUUGAAACACUUUUCCUGUUUCUAUUACAUGUUAAGUAGUGUCAAUGUAUGCAUUUUACUUUAAAUAGGGCUUCUAAAUGUAUUAAUGUUUAUCUUAAAAUUAAUAUGCUUUCUCUACUUGUAUUUUUUUUCUUAUUCAGUUUUACAUGUUUUAAGAUUAAUAUACCUGUAAAUAUCACAAUUUUUGUACCUUUAGUUCUUAUUAUGACAUGGAAAUAUGGCAGGUUUUUUAAUAAUCAUUACUAUACUGAUGUCUUGCAUUCCUUUUCUUUCCCGUGUUCUUGUAUAUGUAACUAGAUUUUUAACCAGAAAUAUCUAAAUUUGUGAUCCGUUUUGUUAUUUUUCCCCACUAUUAUCUCAAGGACCAGUAUUUUAUCUUUGAAACGUGAGAAUAUCAUAUUUACAUCAGCAAAUAAUUGCAAGUGCUAAUAACUUAUUGUUUCUUCUUCUGUGAAGAAUUAAUGGAUUUUAAAAUUGGUAACUAAAGAAUAGUAGCUUAUUAUAUUCCAGCCAUUUGAUAUAAUACAAAUGCUCCUGUUUUGUUUUGUUUUGUUUUCUUUGAGCCUUCAAAGUUUUAAAUGACCCUCAGGACUCAUUAGCUUCUACUUAGCAACACAGAAAAAUGUAAUGGAAACAUCCCCUGAAUCACAAUUGUCCGAGAUGCUCUGGUGCUUAGUUAAGUUUCUUUUUCUAUGUUUGAGAUAAUUUAGCUGAAGAAACACAUUUUUGGUGCUUAUUCUUCAGUGAAGGGAGAUAUCCACUGAUUCUUUUAUAUGAGAUUAAACAGAACUAUUAUUUUUAUAGCUCUUUGCAUGUUACAAAGAGCUUUCCUGUACAUGCAUGUAUUUAAUUUGCCCAACAAUCUUGUGAAGUUGAUAUGAUGAACAUCAUUCCUAUUUUAAAGGAGAACUGAGGUUCAGAAAAUUGAGAAAUGUGCCUAUGAUACAUACCAGUUAGAUCAUGCAGCUCAGGUCCCCUGACUCCAGAUCUCACGUUCUUCCUCUUACUCAUCUGUUACACUGAGAUUCAGAUGCCCAUGGUUAUAAUUAAUGAUGAGCAGAUUAGCAUUUCUGUUUGUUUCCUAGUAUUCCUUUUGAGCUAAAAUUAUAGGAGAAGCAAUUUGAUAUGCUCCAAUUUUGUAAAAAAUAUCUCUAUAUACAUACAUAAAUAUGCCUGUGUGUUAGAAGAAAAACUGCUCUUAUUUAUUUCUGAAGCUAUCAUCAAUUAAAUAAAUAUUUUAGUGGAAGUUGCAAUUUGGGGAUUUGUUUAAUUUCUAAGCUGUAGAACAUACAGUGUGGUUUUAUUUGUUUGGAUUUUGUGUGUGUGUGUGUGUGUGUGUGUGUUUUGUUUUUUGGUUUGGUCUCUCAACAAAAGAUGUCAAAUUAUUUAUACUGCAGAAUUGUUUAUGGUGCAGACAUUUGUUAUUUCUUUAAAACAGUUGUGAUAAUUCUUCCAAAUAAUUGUCCAAACAAAUACAGAACUAAUCCCCACACUUGGCUGCAAACAAAGAACUUUUUUAUUUUCUUCUUCCAUCAUUUUAUAUUCUCUGAAAUAUCACUGCUUAUAAAUAGUUGUUCAUAAAUGGGUUCUGUGCUAAUGCAGCAGGGAGAAAUAGUGAGAUCAUUCCAGUCCUUAGGGAGCUUACAGCAUGUUGGACCUACAGAACCAUUUUCUCUUAAGUGAGUCGGUGAGCUUAUAAGACUGAAAAUACUUCUUUACAUACAAUGGAAAAUACAUGUGCCAUAAUCUUUCUAAUUCCAUAAUCUUUUGCUUCAAACCCAUGAGCUUUACUUUGUUUAUUGCAGCUUCAACUUUCCUCUUUGUAUGUGCUUUUAGCAGCAUGAUCCAUGCAUUUGAUUUUAACGAUUGGUCCCUUCCCUAUCACAUUAAUAACAACAAACUAAAAACUCCUGACAUAAUAACUCAACAUGUAAAAAUCACAAAUACUUUACAAGUAAUUAUUAUGCCUAACAGUACUUAUCAAAAUAUUUAGGCACUGAAUUUGGCAAUGUGAGAUUAAUCAUCACCUCAAGCUACCCUUUCAAGUGGACAAAGGAAGAAACAUGUCCCUGAAAUCUUUUCCCUGCCGUCAUUUGCCAGUCCUCCCAAGAUUUAGUGUGCUAGAGUUCUUUAUAGUUAUGAACUUCAAAGGAUAAUCUGUAAGAAAUGCAAAAUCACCUAUUCUAAAUGACCUCAGGUUUAGUUAAGUUGGGGAAAACAUAUCUUUCAGUUCUUCUAGAAUU